CGGCGCAUUCGCUGCUACCGGUAGCAGCUUAUUACCACAUUACCACAGUGGUCGCGCGCCCUCGGCCACUGCUUCCCAUUUUGGCUUUUGUCUGGGCGACCGAUUGGCUCAGAAGACGUGCCCAUUUCGUUUCGUUUUCGGUCCCGUUGGUGUAUCCAUAGCCGAAGCCUUACUUCGUUGGCGUUUGCUUCAGGCAAGCAAGGAGGAGGAGAGAGGAGCAAACGACGAAGAGGAGCAAGCGAGGAGCAAGGUGGGAAGUAUAAAAGAUAAAAGAUAAAAGAUGGGGGAGUUGCAGGUCGCUCUGACGGCAGAUUUUGGAUACGUGAUCUUGGCGACGGCAUUCGCCAUCUUGGCUCAUCAAUGGAUGGGCAUCCGAGUAGGCAAGGCGCGCAAAGAAUAUGGUGUGAAUUACCCGGUCAUGUACGCCAACAAGAUUGACAACAAGAAUGCAGAGAAAUUCAAUUGUGUGCAGAGAGGGCAUCAGAACUCCCUUGAAAUUCUUCCCCAGUUCUUCGUGCUCUUCUUCAUCGCCAGCCUUCAGUUCCCGCGGACAGCUGCGGUGUUGGGUGCAGUCUUUGUCGUUGGGCGCAUCGUGUAUUUCCUUGGUUACUCCACUGGCAACCCCAAAGCUCGAGUGUAUGGAGGGCCCUUGUAUGCUCCUAGCCUUUUGGGGCUGUUAGGAAUAUGCAUCUACACAGCAGCAAAGCUUAUGAUGUAAGCUUCGUGGUGCUGCUGCUUCGGACGAUGCUCAGGGGUGCAUUUGUCAGGACGAUGACGCGUGUCAAAAUGCGAGAGAGAUGCCUGUGCCGGGCAUCCGAUAGCAUGUACGGAGUAUCAGUGUAUGUCGACUAAGUAUUUUCAUGUGGCCAGUCUCAUGGAUUACAGGGGAAAAAAAAGGAAAAAAACAAAUUCAUGUGGCAAGUUCCACAAGGAUGGAUUUUUUCUUUGCCGGAUAUGGAUAUGGUCCAUCAGAUCCAUAUGGAUUCAAUGAGACCGAUUGCGCUGGUUGCUUCUGCCUGAGCAGAUGGCAGGUCGCAGUGAGGUUGACAUCGGUGGGUGGGAGCUGUGCGAGAGACGACUGUGAAUUGAGGAUCGCUGGAGGCAGUGAGUGGCGUAGAAGUGCUCCCUCCUGCUUUCGUAGUAAAAACUACUAAACAUAUCUUGGGGUUUCCUAGCCCACCCAAGAGCAAGCAGCAUAUUGCUUAGUAAGGUAGGUAGUAGUCAUUGAUUGGCAGUGGACGCUUCCCAUAUCGACUUCAUGGGUAGCGACACACAGCUAGCCUCGGUUGUUAUGCACGAUGGGUCUAUAGUACUGACUCUGGUGUUAUAAGAUGUAUCUUGGCAAUAUGGAUAUCAUGCAGCAUGUAAGAGGUCAGUGCUGUGCUGGAGAAGGAAGGAUGAUGCUUGUGCCUGAGUUACAAGCAAGCAGGUCAUUUUGAAGAGGCAGGAAGGGGUCAGCUUCAACUGCAAAACGCGUUGGUUGCUGGUGCGAAAUGUGCAACAGCCGGGUGAGAUGUAUGUCUUCUCUUAUAUUGUGUGGAGUUAGUCGAUGUCGUUGACUAUGUGUUUGUGCCUGUGAUAAGGUUCUGCAUGUGUCGUACUUAGUAUUUUCAUUCUCUUGUGAGCAUGCCCUGUUCUUCAUGUGCUUGUGCCUGUGACAAGGUUUUGUAG